GAAGGAGGCAGCAGGCCGCGGCGUGCCAGCGCGCAUGCGCGGCCACCGUCUUCCCGCUCGCUCUUGGCAGGCCGCGCGCCAGCCCCGCUUCCUGCGCGCGCGGGGCGUGGCGCAUGCGCAGUGCCCGCAGCGUCCCCUCCCGCCAUGAGGGAGGAGGGAGGCGAGGAAGAUGGCGCUGGGCUGCCGCCAAGGGGGUCGGUGGUGCGGCCGCGCUCCCCUGGGGCGGUCCGUGCUGAGGCGGCGGCCGCCCGCCGCGCGAGUCGCGGAGGAGGUGGAAGCCGGAUCCCCGGCGCGGCCCUACGCUGCGGCGGCCGGCGGCGAUGAUGGGGCGGCGAGCGGGGAGGAGCUGCUGGAGGUGUGCUGGCGGCGGCACUUCCUGCGGGGCGGCGCGGAGCCGCGGCCGGCGCUGCCCUGGCGCGCCUACCUCAGCGGCUGUCACCCGGGCUUCGGGCCGCUGGGCGUGGCGCUGCGGGGCAACCUGGCGGCCCAGUGGUGGGACUCGGCGCUGGCUUUCCGGGAGCAGGUGUUCGCCGUGGAUGCCCCGCUCCACCGCCCGCCCGCCGCCGGCUCUCCGCGGGCCGGGCAGGGUCUCCGGCUGCUGCACUCGGAGACGCUGCGCGAAGCCCUCCGGGGCAGGGGCUGUAGCCAGGAGCCGGGCGGACCGUCUCUGGAAGAAGUGCUAGGGAGCGCGGGGACGCUUCGUGAGAGCCUGCUGCCCGGUGCCUUGGCACAAUAUGUUAGCUGCAUAGAAUUGGUGAACAAAAGACUGCCUUGUGGCCUUGCUCAAAUUGGAGUAUGCUUUCACUCUAUUCCAGAAAGUGAACAACACAACAAAAACCUUGCAAGAAUAGGCGAAAGGACCACGUCUUUGCUUGCAUGGUUUAGUUCUCCCAGAACUGCAGGACAGUGGCUCGAUUACUGGUUACGCCAGAGGCUCCAAUGGUGGAGAAAGUUUGCAGUAGGCCCAUCUAACUUCAGCAGCAGUGACUUUCAGGACGAAGAAGGAAGAAGAGGAUUUAAUUUACAUUACAGAUUUCCUUGGGGGACAGAAACAAUAGAAACAUUGAAGAACCUUGGUGAUACUGAACUGUUACAGAUGUAUCCAGGGGAUAGCUCAAAAUUACUUGGCCGAGAUGGAAGGAAGAAUGUUAUUCCUCAUGUUCUGUCUGUGAGCGGAAAUCUGGACCGAGGAGUAUUAGCAUAUCUCUUUGAUUCUCUACAGCUAGCUGAGAACCCAUUAACAAAAAAGAAAAAUUCACAGAGAAAGGUACUUAAGCUUCAUCCUUGCUUAGCACCUCUUAAAGUGGCCUUGGAUGUAGGAAAAGGUCCAACAACAGAGCUGAGACAGGUUUGUCAAGGAUUGUUCAAUGAACUGUCAGAAAACAGAAUUUCCGUAUGGCCGGGUUAUCUUGAAACCAUGCAAGUAUCUAUGGAACAGCUUUAUACAAAGUACGAUGAGAUGAGUGUUCUCUUCAUGGUCUUGAUAACUGAUGCCACUCUAGAGAAUGGAGUGGUCCAGCUGAGAAGCAGAGACACCACCAUGAAGGAAAUGAUGCACAUUUCUAGGCUGAAAGACUUUUUAACUAAGCUCUGUAUUAAAGAUGAUGAACAGCAGUUAACUCAAUGACAAGAGACUGACCAGUUUGAACUGACUUUGAGACUUGUCAAAGUUAAGAAACAUGGAAUAAAGAACUCCUGUGUACUGAGCAAUAUUGAACAGAUGCAGGAGCUAUGUAAGUUUUAUUUUUCUACAACAUGCAUAUAGCCCACUUUUGUUUCUUAGUAAAUGGGCAUGGCAUCUCUGAUCUACUUAACUGUCUUUUAAUUUUGUUUUCCUUAUAAUGGCUACUUCAAUCCUCACCAUGAGUUACCAAAUGCAAUUCUUCAUUUUACUUCUGUUUACAGUAGAUUUUUUUAUAGAACUUCAAUUAAGUUAACUGGUUGCAGUUUUGGCUGCGUGGCUGACAGGUAGUGCCAAAUAUGGACCCUGAGGGACUUCAAAUAAUGCCUCUGCCAGGCAUGGUCAGUAGUAGUAGUAGCUCACUGAGUGACAGUAGGUGUCCCCUUCUGCUGCUUUUGCAGUACCUGAAGAAAUUUGCCCAUAAUAGC